AUGUCGAAAAAGUGCUGCCACCACGAAAAUAAGUGGAGGAAGCGAUUAAAGCGAAUAUGCGCCGGACUCGUCAUAUUCAACUUCAUUCUCCUAGUGACGAUCCUCCUAAUUUGGGCCAUUCUCCAACCCAAGAAGCCCCGCUUCAUCCUCCAGGAUGUCACCGUCUCCGCCUUCAACGUCACUUCUCCUAAUUUACUGACCUCCACCUUCCAAGUUACCAUAUACUCCCGGAACCCUAAUGACAAUAUCGGCAUCUACUACGACAAGAUCGACGUCUACGCGACGUACCAGAGCCAGCAGAUUACGUACUUUACCCAGAUUCCACCGACAUACCAGGGCCACAAGGACGCCAAUGUCUGGUCUCCGUUCCUCUCCGGCGACAACGUCCCAGUGGCUCCUUACAACGGCAUCGCGCUCAGCCAGGAUCAGGCCGACGGCACCGUCAUCCUCUUCAUCAAGCUCAACGCCCGCGUCCGGUGGAAAGUUGGCACCACCCUCACCACCGGCAAGUACGGCCUCCAUGUCAAAUGCCCGGCUUACAUCACCUUCGGUAACCAGAACACCGGCAUCGUCGUCGGAAACGCGGUCAAAUACCAGCUGUCCUCGAGUUGCAGCGUUAGCGUGUGA